CGCCCGCCCCGCCGGCCGCCCCGCUGAUGCCGCUGCCCCGCGCGGGGCCCGAGCGCCGCUAGCAGCAUGUCUCGGCGCAAGCAGGCCAAGCCCCAGCACCUCAAGUCGGACGAGGAGCUGCUGCCGCCUGACGGGGCUCCCGAGCACGCCGCCCCGGGGGAAGGUGCGGAGGACGCGGACAGCGGGCCCGAGAGCCGCAGCGGGGGCGAGGAGACCAGCGUGUGCGAGAAAUGCUGCGCCGAGUUCUUCAAGUGGGCGGACUUCCUGGAGCACCAGCGGAGCUGCACCAAGCUCCCGCCCGUGCUGAUCGUGCACGAGGACGCGCCCGCGCCGCCCCCCGAGGACUUCCCCGAGCCUUCGCCGGCCACCUCCCCCAGCGAGCGCGCCGAAAGCGAGGCGGCCGAGGAGGCGGGUGCGGAGGGCGCGGAGGGCGAGGCCAGGCCGGUGGAGAAGGGGGCCGAGCCCAUGGACGCGGAACCCGCGGGGGACACGCGCGCGCCCCGGCCCCCGCCUGCGGCCCCUGCACCCCCAACUCCCGCCUACGGCGCGCCCAGCACCAACGUGACCCUGGAGGCGCUGCUGAGCACCAAGGUGGCGGUGGCGCAGUUCUCGCAGGGCGCGCGCGCGGCGGGCGGCUCGGGAGCAGGUGGCGGCGUGGCAGCUGCAGCCGUGCCCCUGAUCCUGGAACAGCUCAUGGCCCUGCAGCAGCAGCAGAUCCACCAGCUGCAGCUCAUCGAGCAGAUCCGCAGCCAGGUGGCCCUCAUGCAGCGCCCGCCGCCGCGGCCCUCACUCAGCCCCGCGGCCGCCCCGAGCGCACCGGGCCCGGCCCCCAGCCAGCUGCCCGGGCUGGCCGCGCUCCCGCUGUCGACCGGGGCCUCUGCCGCCGCCACCGCGGGCUCGGGCCCCGCCGCGCCGGCCGCCUUCGAGGGCGCGCAGCCACUGUCCCGGCCCGAGUCUGGCGCCAGCACCCCCGGCGGCCCUGCCGAGCCCAGCGCGCCCGCCGCCCCCAGCGCCGCCCCUGCCCCCGCUGCCCCCGCCCCGGCGCCAGCGCAGCAGAGCGCGGCCUCGUCGCAGCCGCAGAGCGCAUCCACGCCGCCUGCCCUGGCCCCGGGGUCCCUACUGGGCGCGGCGCCCGGCCUGCCAAGUCCGCUUCUACCUCAGACCUCCGCCAGCGGCGUCAUCUUCCCCAACCCGCUGGUCAGCAUCGCGGCCACGGCCAACGCUCUGGACCCGCUGUCCGCGCUCAUGAAGCACCGCAAGGGCAAGCCGCCCAAUGUGUCGGUGUUCGAGCCCAAGGCCAGCGCCGAGGACCCGUUCUUCAAGCACAAAUGCCGCUUCUGCGCCAAGGUCUUCGGCAGCGACAGCGCGCUCCAGAUCCACCUGCGCUCGCACACAGGCGAGCGGCCCUUCAAGUGCAACAUCUGUGGGAACCGCUUCUCCACCAAAGGCAACCUGAAGGUGCACUUCCAGAGGCACAAGGAGAAGUACCCCCACAUCCAGAUGAACCCUUACCCGGUCCCCGAGUACCUGGACAACGUACCCACCUGCUCGGGCAUUCCCUACGGCAUGUCGCUGCCCCCCGAGAAGCCCGUGACCACCUGGCUGGACAGCAAGCCCGUGCUGCCCACCGUGCCCACGUCCGUGGGGCUGCAACUGCCGCCCACUGUCCCUGGCGCGCACGGCUACGCCGACUCUCCCAGCGCCACCCCAGCCAGCCGCUCCCCGCAGAGGCCCUCGCCCGCCUCCAGCGAGUGCGCCUCCUUGUCCCCAGGCCUCAACCACGUGGAGUCCGGCGUGUCGGCCACCGCCGAGUCCCCACAGCCGCUCCUCGGCGGGCUGCCCCUCACUAAAGCCGAGCCCAUCAGCCUGCCCUGCACCAACGCCAGGGCCGGGGACGCUCCCGUGGGCGCGCAGGCCAGCGCUGCACCCACAUCGGUGGACGGCGCACCCACGAGCCUCGGCAGCCCCGGGCUGCCCGCCGUCUCCGAGCAGUUCAAGGCCCAGUUUCCUUUCGGGGGGCUGCUAGACUCGAUGCAAACAUCGGAAACCUCGAAGCUGCAGCAGCUGGUGGAGAACAUCGACAAGAAGAUGACGGACCCGAACCAGUGCGUCAUCUGCCACCGGGUGCUGAGCUGCCAGAGCGCGCUGAAGAUGCACUACCGGACGCACACGGGGGAGCGGCCAUUCAAGUGCAAGAUCUGCGGUCGCGCCUUCACCACCAAGGGCAACCUCAAGACGCACUUCGGCGUGCACCGUGCAAAGCCGCCCCUGCGCGUGCAGCACUCCUGCCCCAUCUGCCAGAAGAAGUUCACCAACGCCGUGGUCCUGCAGCAGCACAUCCGCAUGCACAUGGGCGGCCAGAUCCCCAACACGCCGCUGCCGGAGGGCUUCCAGGAUGCCAUGGACUCCGAGCUGGCCUACGACGACAAGAACGCGGAGACCCUGAGCAGCUACGAUGACGACAUGGACGAGAACUCCAUGGAGGACGACGCUGAGCUGAAGGACGCGGCCAGCGACCCGGCCAAGCCACUCCUGUCCUACGCGGGGUCCUGCCCGCCCUCCCCGCCCUCGGUCAUCUCCAGCAUUGCCGCCCUGGAGAACCAGAUGAAGAUGAUCGACUCGGUCAUGAGCUGCCAGCAGCUGACCGGCCUCAAGUCCGUGGAGAACGGGUCCGGGGAAAGUGACCGCCUGAGCAACGACUCCUCGUCGGCCGUGGGCGACCUGGAGAGCCGCAGCGCGGGCAGCCCCGCCCUGUCCGAGUCCUCGUCCUCGCAGGCCCUGUCGCCGGCCCCCAGCAAUGGUGAGAGCUUCCGCUCCAAGUCCCCGGGCCUGGGCGCCCCGGAGGAGCCCCAGGAAAUCCCGCUCAAGACCGAGAGGCCGGACAGCCCGGCCCCCGCCUCGGGCAACGGAGGCGCCCCAGGCCGCGCGGGCAUCAAGGAGGAGGCGCCCUUCAGCCUGCUGUUCCUGAGCAGGGAGCGGGGUCCCAGCCAAAGCACUCCUAGCCUGAUCUCCAGCGCCGCACCCACCAUGAUCAAAAUGGAAGUGAACGGUCACGGCAAGGCCAUGGCGCUGGGCGAGGGUCCCCCACUGCCCACGGGCGUCCAGGUCCCCGCCGGGCCUCAGACAGUGAUGGGCCCGGGCCUGGCGCCCAUGCUGGCCCCCCCGCCGCGCCGGACGCCCAAGCAGCACAACUGCCAGUCGUGCGGGAAGACCUUCUCCUCGGCCAGCGCCCUGCAGAUCCACGAGCGCACGCACACCGGCGAGAAGCCGUUCGGCUGCACCAUCUGCGGCCGGGCCUUCACCACUAAGGGCAACCUCAAGCAUUUCUGUACCAAGCGAGGCUUAGGGCGUGACCUUGUCCUCCCUGCAUCGUCCUGGCUGGUACAAUCCACGCUGGGACCCGGGGAGAGGGCCCUGCAUGGAGAAGGUUCUCAUUCCUCCUGUGCCAUGUAAAAUCUGCUUUCCUGUCUGUAGGAAGAGGGUAGAAUUUGAUGAUAUUCAAAUCCUUUUCAGUUGUAAAAUUCCAUGUUUUUUUUUUUAAGAACUACCACUAAUGUACAUCUUUCUCUUUACCCAAAAAUAAUCAUGAAAAAAAUUGAUGGUAUUUAUAUAGAGAGAGAAAAUAUGAGUUAUUACUUAAAAAUAUUCUCCCAUAGAUAUGAAAAAUCAAUUACAAAUAAAUUUGCUAAAGAAACUACAUGGAAUCAUUUUUGGAUCAUGAAAAAUGUGUUUGUCUCUUUUUUUAUAAGAAAAAGCCAUUGAAAUUAUUGAUGUUAAAAAUGCAACUAUACUUGGUAAAAUAAAAUCAAGCUGUGAACUGAUGCUUACUGCAUAUUCUGUUAGAUAAGAGAUGUUAGAAACAUAUUUGAUUUUUCCAUGAGUCCUGCACACAAGUACACGCACAGCCCCUUAUUACAGCACUAUAUAUUCAAAAGAGUAUGCAAUUGAAAACAAUGUGGUUUUUUUUCUUGUUCCUUAGUAGAAUAUCAGAGAGCCUAAACUAUGAACAUUGGUGUUACUGUCCUGAUUUCUACCACGGUCUGCAUCUUUGGCCUGUUUUCAUUGGAAGUAUCAUAGAUUGUCAUUUGGACAGACCAUUCCUAGCGAAUACUGGCCUUUCGCGGAGCUUGGAAAACCCUGUGGGAAAAUCAGAAAGCUGGCAAGACAAGAGGAAGAAGAGAUGUCACGGUGUCAGAUUAUGUUUGUAUUCUGUUCUGUCCAAAGUUCUUUACAUCAGUAAAUGAAAAACAAAACAAAUGAUGCAUAGGCCACGCCCUGCAGUGAAAGAUGCAAGAACUUGUUCAUAUUGGUAUGAAUCGUUCACUGUAUAUGAUUCAAACAUGUGGAAAUAAAUGUUUGAUUACAGUC